UCACGUGGGAGUGCGUCACGUGACUAUUGAACUGCGAGUUUAAAAAAAAAAAAAAAAAAACUGCUCGAGACAUCUCCUGCUUUGUUACUCUGAAUGUUUGUGAAGCAGCGUAAAAAAUACGACAUAUAUGUGACAGGCUGGACUUACUGCACAAAACCCACCAGGUUGUAAGAGUAUGCAGUGCAGUGCCCUUUGUUCGUAAAAGCUGAACUCAGUCUGCCUGCCUCCAAGUCAUCUGCUAAUAAUGACACUGCAGAUGGGGGUCCUGUGUCUGGCUCUGCUGGGCCUGAGCUCAGCGCUGGUCUGUCCUGAUGGAGGCAUGUGUGAGGACAAAAACACCUGCUGCAAGAACACCGUGGGAGGAUACGGAUGCUGUCCACUACCACAUGCUGAGUGUUGUUCAGACCACCUCCACUGCUGCUAUGAGGGGACGGUUUGUGAUCUCGUCCACGCCAAAUGUGUUAAUAAGACAGUUUCCCUGCCGUGGAUGAGACGAGUUCCCACCAAACAGGCCCUGCUCGUCCCUCAGCUCAGCGAGGGAGUAACGGCAGUCAUUUGUCCAGACCAGCAGUCUGAGUGUCCGGAUGACACCACUUGCUGCCAGCUUCUUGACGGCUCCUGGGGCUGCUGUCCAUUAGCCAAGGCGGUGUGUUGUGAGGAUAAGCUCCACUGUUGCCCCGAGGGAACAAAGUGUGAUAUUGCUCACUCAAAGUGUGUGUCUGCCUCACUGGAGUCCUUCCCCAUGCUGCAGAAACUGCCUGCUAGAAGGAGGGAGAAUAAUCCAGCUUCUGCGGUCAGUUCAGUGACGUGUCCUGGUGGAAAAACCAGCUGCCCUGAUAGUUUUACAUGUUGCCUGCUAACCAGUGGAGACUACGGCUGCUGCCCUUACCCAGAGGCCAUGUGCUGCAGCGAUCAUCUCCACUGUUGCCCUAGCAACACAAUAUGUGACCUGGAGCAUGGGGUCUGCAAGUCUGGUGAGACGCACGUGCCACUGCUGAAGAAGGUCGCUGCUGUAUCGAAUGACGUUGAGUGUCCAGACAAGAAAUCAGCAUGUCCCGACCAGACCACAUGCUGCCAGAUGACCAAUGGCACAUAUGGCUGCUGUCCUAUGAUCAAUGCCGUCUGUUGUUCAGAUCACAUCCACUGUUGUCCUGCAGGCACCGAGUGCGACCUGUCCCACAGCGCCUGUGUGUCCACCCGGGGAGAGACCACCGUGGCCGUUAGGAUCCCCGCUGCUGUGACGGAGCUGGUGGCAGUACAGAGCAAAGUCGGUGCUGUUCCCUGCAAUGACUCUGUGGCCUGCGCUGACGGAAACACCUGCUGUAAAUCGUCAGAGGCAGAAUGGGCCUGUUGUCCGCUACCUAAGGCUGUGUGUUGUGAGGACCACCUGCACUGCUGUCCCCAUGGCACCACCUGUAACCUGGCAGCCUCCACAUGUGAUGAUGCUGCCACAGGCAGUCCUGUGAUGCCCUGGCUUAGCAAAGUGCCCGUCUUCCCCUUACUGACCGAUAACAGCAAGUGUGACAAAUCUACAUCGUGUCCUGGAAAAUCCACCUGCUGCAAGACGGCAGGUGGAGACUGGGCCUGCUGCCCUCUGCCUCAGGCUGUGUGCUGUGAUGACCACCUCCACUGCUGCCCUCAUGGUACAGUCUGCAACCUGGAGGCUGAAAGUUGUGACGACCCGUCUGGUUUCUUGCCCUCCCUCUCCUGGGUGGAGAAGGUAUCCGCUCUGACCUCAGAGGUGCAAGAUGAGAAAUGUGACAAGCAGACGAUGUGUCCAGGAGGCACCACCUGCUGUAAGAGAAACUCUGGACAGUGGGCCUGCUGCCCCUUAUCUCAGGCUGUGUGCUGUAACGAUCAUGAGCACUGCUGCCCCAAAGGCUACAAAUGUAACGUGGCUGAACAGACCUGUGACAAGCCUGGUGGCCUCAGCCUGCCCUGGCUGCAGAAGAUACCGGCCCUGCAGAACAAGCCCAGUCAGGCUGUUUCCAGUCCAAUUCGGCCAGCCAAGAACAUGUGUGACGCCCAAACCAGCUGCCCCAAGGAUACGACCUGCUGCUUCAUGGACAAGACCCACAAAUGGGGCUGCUGCCCUCUGCCAAAGGCGGUCUGUUGUAAUGAUGGAAACCACUGCUGCCCCAGCGGUCACACCUGCGAACCUCACCGGUCCUCCUGCUCAAAGGGCCCCCAUGUGAUACCCUGGUUCGCCAAACUGAGCGCCCUGACCGAGCCGGGCGCCCUGACAGACGUUAAAUGUGACGACAAGAGCAGCUGCGCUUCAGGAACAACCUGCUGUAAACUGCAGUCAGGAGAGUGGGGCUGCUGCCCUCUGGUCAAGAUUCUGUCUCCUCUUCAGGCGGUUUGCUGUGCAGACCACGAGCACUGCUGUCCUCAGGGCUACACCUGCAACAUGCAGACUGGAACAUGUGACAAGAAGAACCACAAUGUGCUCACCCACACCCUCCCUCAGGGCGAAGUGGUACAGUCCGAGCCGAGAGGCUCAGAGGACGACGCAGACGUACCAUGUGACAGCACGGGGGAGUUUCACUGCCCCAAGCAAGACACGUGCUGUAAGAUCUCAGCCACAGAGUGGGCCUGCUGCCCCUCACCCAGGGCUGUCUGCUGCUCGGACUCACGGCACUGCUGUCCUGCAGGAUACUCAUGUGACCUGAAGGCUGGAGGUUGCACCCUGCAGAACCAGCUGACCUGGGACACUUUGUUUGGGGACAGAAAGAAAGACUUUCUCCACCGCGGGCUUUAAUCCCUCUGAUCUUCUUCAACCUGGAUCCAUAACAUCCAUCUACAGCUCAUGUUGUCUACGGACAAUAAGGGCUUUUUACCACUUCCUGUCUGUUUUCUCAUUGGUGGAAGUGUAUUUACCAAGUUUCUGCACUCCUGAGUGUUGUUGGUGGUAGGUGUGGAGCAGACUCGGUGCGAGACAGGAAAAUAAACAUGCACACUGCAGUCACCUCUGACAAUUAAGACGUUAUAAUGAAGUAGAAGCACUUUGGUAGGAAGGAAUUUUAUUUUGUUAUUUCAACAUGUGUUACCUUGAAGUGGAAAAACAGUGUGCAGGAGUCUUUUUGUGUUUUGCACCAGGCAGAAAAUAUGUAUCAUCACGCUCUCUUCUAGGAAAUCAUUAUCUAGGUGACAAUAAUACAAUCAUGAGAAGUACAGUGAGGACUUAACUGCACACAUUUGCAGUGUCUCUUAAAGGAUAACAUUGGUGGUGUUCUGUAUUUUUCUUAUUGUCAACAAAUCCCAUGAAAAGAUCAAAACCAAAAUUAGUCUCUCAAUACUUUGACUUCCCUACCCUGUCUGUGGCACAAAUACAAUGUUUCAUCUCUUUUAUUAAUUUAUUGCCGACCGUAAUUGUUUCCCCACACCCCAUCAGUACGCAUACUGGAAGAUGAAGUUGGACAGGGGGCUUCAUGCAUGUUCACAAAUCAUCUAGUUCAAUCAAUUCAGCCAUGAGCUCUAUAUUUAUCUUCCCGAACACACAAAUAAGUCUUGAUAUCGAGUUGAGAAGAGAGUAGGCGAGCAUAACUGACACCAUAACUUUAUUUGGUUUGUGUUUCAUUGGGGUUUCUUACUAAUUAAAAAAAACACAGCCCUCUUAGCAACACUUAUGUACUGCUCAAUCCUGAAAGGUGGUGAUGAUGGACCGGUUACCUUGGAAAACAGUAUGUUCUGGUUUUCGGGGAUGUGACAGGGACUUCAAGGUAAAUAAAUAAAUAGUUAUAGAAUUAUUAUUUAGCUUUUUCUGCACAGUAUGGUUUCAUAUGGUUUCCUCGUGGCCGGGUACCAGUCCAGCCCAGGACUUGGGAACCUCAGCAGCAGGACGGUGUGUGUGGGACUGAGUCAGAAUAAACUACUGUGUGUGUGUGUGUGUGUGUGUGUGUGUGUUCACAGUGAUGAAGGAACAUGUCACCCAGUGCAACAGAGCGGCUCGCUGAUGUGUUUUUAAUAGUUUCUGGACGACAGUGGCGCUCUGUGGCUCAGAGGAAGAAGAUAUAUGGUAAAUGGACUGAACUUGUACAGCACCUUUCUAGUCUUCCGACCGCUAAAAGAGCUUCACAUACUAGAUUCACACACUGAUGGCAGAUGCUAACUGCUCAUCAGUCCAAAGGAACUAACGAAUCGUUCACACACCCAAAGCACAGCGAUUCGGGGUUCGACACGUGGACUGGGGGAAGCCGGGAUCGCACCACCGACCUUCCGAGUGGUGGGCGACCCGCUCUUCCACCAAGCCGCUGCCGCCCCAGGCUUUGAUACACAGACAAUACUUGUUAGUAGAUACAUUCAUUGUUGGUUUGGGUCUUUUUUUUUUUUUUUUUCUUUUAAUGGGAUUUGUUGACAAUAAAAACAUAGAAUAUCGCGAUCCGGCUUCAUUGUUGUUGUGUUUUGUGAUCAUUAUUAUUAUUAUUGGAAGUGAGUGAUCGCGCAGUGCUGUUCCAUUUCUCUAUGAAAAAGAGAAACAUAAAUGUACUUGCUGUGGGCAACAUUUGAUUGCAUUAACUCAUCAUACUUGACUGAAGUUGUUUCUAAGAAUAGUUAUUUGUCUCUUCAUGUCCCCACACGUAAAGGAAGCAGCAUGUCCUUUUGUUUGUGGCUUCACAGGUACAUGUUGACUGUUUAUCUGCUGGUCUGUGGGGGCAUUUUAAUGUAGUUGAUUUUAUUUCAUCUUUAAUUUGCCUGUGAUGUAAUGAGAGACCCAGGAGUGGAUAUUCACUUCAUGUAAAGCAGUGAUAGAAAUUGUUUCUUUAAAAUUUGCAUCUUUAGUUUUUUGCUAUACACUUGGUUAAAGCAACGUGAACAGUGACUGAUUAUACAAAUAGCUUGUGCCUUGUGUAUAAUUUCACUGUAAAGAGGUGUCAGGAAAAUUCAGUCGAUCAUUGGAAGAGAACAAACAUGCUUGUUCUUUUGUGUUUUGGACAGUAGAUUUCUCAAAACAAGCCAAGAAAUAAGAGCCAAGAACAUCUCGAUGUCAUAAUGGAACAAGUCCAGUCGGCAGAGAAAAAAAAACCCACUGAGACGAUACUGUUUGUGGAGCUUUUUAACUACACAGAUGGAGUUUUUAGUGCAGCAGCUCUACAUACAUGUUGUCAUUGAGUCUUUGUUUUUUGGUCUCUGGCUUUUGGAGAGUUUCCAAGCGCUGAUUAAGCUCUUCAAGACUGUAGAAAUGCUGCUCUUGAAUUCUGUAAUUGGGUGGAUUUUUUUUCCACAGAGGAGUGUUUCUUUUGAAGGACUUUAUAUCUCGCGAGGAAAUUGUAAUCUUAUGUGUGCUCAUCAUGCUGUCACUGCUACUUUUAGAUAUUUGUCUUGGUUCAUUCAUGUGUUCCCUGCCUCCUCCAGCCUUUCCAGGAGGAUUUUAUUUGGAGGAGGUCAGAGGCAGAGAAUAAAGUUCUUCAAAAUAUCA